AUGCCUCCGCUUAGAUUUCUUUGUAUACUUUCCCUUUUAAUAAUCGGGAGCCAGUGUCGCGACGUCUCGUUCAAAAAUGUAAAACUACAAACCGGAAUAAACCAAACCGUGGCCACAAUCACCGAAGACACCACUAUCAAACCGUACCUACCCAAUCGCCCCCUCGACUUUCUUGCAAUCACCGGAAGAAUCCCCGUCCUCUACGAAAACUCGAUCACCGACAUCACUACCGUAAAAUAUCUCUCCCUUUGGAAAAACCAAAUCGAAGAAAUCCGUCCAGGAGCAUUCCGCAACUUCGAUGGAGUCCAAAGGUUCGACAUUUCUUACAGCAACUUCACCACCCUCAAAAGAAAUACUUUCGGCGACCUGAAACUGAAAACCCUGAGGAUCACGUUCAACCACCAGCUCGAAACGUUGGAAGAGGGUGCUUUGGACAACCAGCACAUCGAGGAGUUAAGUUUGGCAUCCAACGCGCUGAAAACUCUUCCCAAAAAUGUUUUCAAGAAAAUGACGAAUCUCAGGGUGUUGGACGUGUCUGCGAAUGCGCUUACUGAGAUUGCGCCGGAGUUUGUAGGGGCGAAUCUGGUGAGGGUGUUCUUCGCCUACAACAAGCUUACUGGUAUUCCGGAUGGUAUUUUCAACAAACAUCGUAGUCUACAAGAAGUGGAUUUGUCGGGUAACCAGAUAAUGAUGAUUGAUUCGGCUGCCUUUGACGAUAUGGUGCAGUUGAAAAAUAUCAGUUUGGGUAUUAACAAAAUUACGAAAAUUGAUAGGAGAUGGUUCCGUGGUACUAACAAUCUGCGUCGAGUACAUUUGGUUCGUAACGAUAUCGAAGAAGUUCCAGAUGAGGCCUUCAGUAACAUUUACAACGAAAAUUUGGAAGUUAUUGAUUUAGAUGAGAAUAGUAUUAAAAGAGUUUCGCCUGUGGGUUUCAAGGGGUUGAGAAAAAUAGGUUCUUUGAGGUUAAGUAUCAACAAUAUUGAUAAGUGGGAUGCAAGCUUUUUGGCGGAUGUUGAAAAUAUAGAUUUGUUGGAUUUGUCUUCCAACAGGAUUGGGUGUCCUGAAGGUGACUUUAAUCAGGUGUUUAAGGCGGUUUCUACUGAUCUCAAAUUUAACCCUCUUAACCCUGAAUGCGUCGAAAAAAUUAAAAACUGGAAGAAACUUGAUUCUUCGAAUGGACAUAUUAUCAGUACUAACUUUUAA